UUUCUUUGAUUCUUCAAACUAUUUUCUUUUUGCUGCUGCAAGAGUAAUCCAAGUAUUGGCUAGUCGACGAACGAACAAACAAUGAUGGACGUGGAGAGCUAUUCGGUGGUCCUGCAAGGCCUCAAAUCCCCGGAAAACAAGAGAGAUCCUCGAAAACUGAGGUUGGCCGCUGUGGCAGCUGCCAUGUCCGAAGUGGUGGGAGCAGGCAGCCAAAACCAAGUUUCAGCGGCCAAGGUCUAUGCCGCCACUGUUUCGGCUCUCGAAGGAACUCUGAAAGAAAAUGCUUCCACACCUGAAGCAAUCAUGGACUCAAUAUCCACUCAAGUGGCUCUGCUGGAAGUAUUGAGAGUCACUGUCCCUCAUGUCUCCAAUCCGGCCAUCUUGGAUGCUUCUUUACCCUUAUCGUCGCGGUUGCUGUUGGCCAUGGUCCAGUCGGUCAAUGGCAUGGAAGAUAAUAGCAACAACCUACUGCUCUCCACCAAGGAUGAUUUGGGAGCAAUCACGGGGAUUCUGAAAGGAGUUUGUAAGGCAACCACGGAAAUUAUCAAGCAUGUUACCCGAAAAUGCGACGCCAAAUUGCUCAAACAACUCUAUUUUGGAACACUGAUCCCAGCUGCGAUCGACACAAAUCAGUCCAGAUCCAAGUUGCGCGCUGUCGCUCAAACGGGGAUAUUGGAAAUCUUGGUUAUUCCACAACAACAAUGCCAUCCCACCAUCAAAAAGUCCACUACAACCCUUUUUCACAACAGACUUCGGCAGGUCCAGGCUUCUGUCAAACAAGGGGCUGCAGAUCCUCCCCCAGAGUUGCUUCCUCUCGUCACGUUUCUGGAAAAAUGUAUUCUUUUUCUCGACGUGGCAACACUGGGAACCGAUCUGAUGGAACUGUUGGUGGCAUGCUUGAAUCAAGCUGCCGGUGCCAGUAGCAGCAGUAUUUCGGAUUUUGUGGCCAUGAACAACCACAACAAGGCACUCUCAGCACCACGCCUAGUCGCCAUCAACGGCUUACUUUCGGUAGUCAUGGCCCUGGUUGGGGCAAACGACAAUGAACAUCUCCAGCAGAACACAGCCACAGCAAAAACACUCUAUCCUAGAGUACUGGCGACACUGCUUCAAAGUAAGCCUACUGUCGUCUUUCAUGAAAGUGCGGCCGAUAUGGAACUUAUUCGUCAAGGGAGAACGCUCUACAGUGAUGUGUUGCUUGCGUCGCUCAAAGGAGUCAUUGAAACAGACGCGGAAAUGGCAUGCAAAUUGUUCCCGGUCGUGGUGCAACUUCUUGUACAGCUUGGUCGGACGACCAGUGACGACGAUGUCGACGAAGUUGCUGCAAAUGCCAUCUUGACAGAGUUGGGAGCAUUGUUCCGGUCUCAUUUCUCCAAAUGCAUACUGUUGUCGCCGUCCUGUUCCAGGCAAAGCAUUGACAAGUGCGUUGAAGGUUCGUUGGCGGCAUUGAAGACCGUGGUACAACCAGCUUUCAAGCCAGUUUGGGCAACGGCUCUUCGGACCCUAGUGAUCCUGCUUUCCAUGGUAGAGGAACAUGAGCAGGUGCCGGAGAUUGUGAGAACUAUCUUGAAGCUAAGACAACAAGUUGCAGACGGUGAUUUAGCGUCAUGUCGUGCUAUUGAUGAAUCAGUUGGAUCGCUGGUUCAGAGCGUGGGAAUCGAGACCUUCUGGGGCUGGGUGGAUUGGACGGGACGAAGUGGAUCCACCGUCAAUCAAGCAUACACUUGGCUUGUACCCGUCAUGAAGACUGCCUCAAGUGCUGCGCAGGAAAAGAGACCUCGGCUAGAAUUCUUCCGAACUCAUGUCCUCGAUCUUGCACGUCGCUGUGCUACCUUGGGUGCCAGUAGCAACAGUACGAGCAGCCGAAGCAAUUACGAUGCGUGGGUAGUCAGCCUUUGGUCGUUGUUUUCCUGCUUUUGCCACCAUCCUUCCGACCUGUCAGAUUACCUGGAAACGCUCCUACCCACACUUGUAAAAGCCAUGGAAGAUGAACGGUAUCCUCAGCUAUUGGGUUUGAUCUGCUUUGGGUUGGAAACGCUUUCCAAGGAUGCGAGAGAGAGAAUGAAAAUGGAUGAUGGCACUCUAUCGGAAGAGAACCAACUGGAAGCAGAAGUCUUAUCGAAGGCUUCUGUGGCGUUACUUCCUGUACUUUUCAAGAAUGUUGAGAGACUUCACUCUUCCUCUGACUCGCAACCUGCGGACGACAUGGAAGAAGACACUACGGUGCCUAGAACAGUUGAUGUCGACGCAAAUCUCGUGCAACGAAUCACCGAGGCGAUUGCCUCUCUGGCAAGCCUCGCACCCAAACCCUUCUUGCAGAAACUCUUCAAGAAGGUGUUGAGUCGGUUGUUGGCGGAGACUCAAGCAGAUGACGUUGAAAAGAUGAAAGUGUACUCGCUGCUGUGUCUUUCGCAAGCUCUGGUGGCUUCUGGUGCCCUACAAGAGUCCAGUGUAUCGUUGCUGUACCGUACCCUGAAGCCAAUGAUUAGAGACGACAAACUCGAUUCCAAAGUGCAAAAGAUGGCUUACCGUGUCCUGCUGGAAAUCUGUCAGUGUUACCACUCAUACGUGGCGGAGAAGGAAACUAUGGCAGACCUAAUCGACCUAUUGACUGGGACGGCCGUAUCAGCAAAUAUUCCAGCACGAUCGAUUCGACUGAAGUGCAUUGGCGCUCUGGUUGACGGAUUUGGUCCAGGGGGUCUAUCGGAGAAAUCCUUGGUGGGAAAGAUCACCGGAGAGGUGUUGCUGUGUCUGAAAGACUCCAAGGGUAAGACCAGAACUGCAGCGCAUCAAGCUUUGCUGUCAUUGGCCAAAGCACUAGGAGACGCCGUAGAAUUCCUUCAAGUUGUGACUUCGGCACUUGCUUCUGAAACGAGCCAUAUGAGGUCAGCUGCUGUUGAUGCGUGUAGUAGAUUGGUAUUUGAGUAUGCCAGAGAAGAUGUCAAGCUGCAGCAGUCGCUGCCCUCUUUGCUGCAGACUGUUUUGAUAUUGUUUGACGAGCAGUCCAGGGAGGUCAUCAAAUCUUCUGUGGGUUUCGUACGAGUUUGUGUUGUGGCAAUGGAACCUGAUCAACUGCAGCCAAUGCUACCUGCGGUUGUGGGUUCGCUUCUCAAGUAUCACAAGGGCAAAGACCGAUUCCGCAAGAAAAUCAAGAUCAUUUUGAAGAAGCUUGUCCGCUUGUACGGCUACGAUACAUUGAUGCCUCUUGUUCCGGAGAGUGACAACAGGCUUCUGGUGCAUAUGCGCAAGCUUGACGAGCGCGCAAAGAGACGAAAGGCUGAAGGCCGCUCGGAAGCAGCUGUAGAAACUGGCGAUUUCGACGAUCUAGUUGACGAAGAUGAGGUUGAUUCAGAUGAUGGCAGAACCUUGUUCACCGGGGCCACCGGCUUAACGCGCAAGACAAGAAAGACGCAACUCAGCCGGAAGACUGUCCAGAGUACAAAAACCAGCAAUUCACGAGCGCAAAGUAAAGCCUCCAAUCGUAGCUCUACCAGACUCUCGAGUGAGCAGGAUGGUGAAAUCGUCAACAUUCUGGGGUUGAAAGAGAAAGAAUUGGCUGGUAAUCACAACAGUGACGAAGAUUCUGACGACGACGAUGAUGAUAUGGAAUUUGAUGACACGGGAAGACUUGUGGUCUUCGACGAUGAUGAGAGGGAAUCAAAUCUCGACAAUGAUGGAUUGACCGAAGGAAGUAUCAUUGCCAAGAGGCGCCGAUUGGGUAGCAAUGCAGACGGCAAGAGCGCGUCAGCAAGAUCCACAAAGCAAAAGCGUGGGAAGACCGUGCAGCAGUUGGGUGCUUCCUACAAGAGUUCAAAGGCGGGAGGAGAUGUCAUGAAGAAGGGCCAAAAGUACGAGCCGUACGCCUAUGUUCCUUUGGAUGGAAGGAGCUACUCCAAGAAGAAUCGUCGUCGUGCUGUCGAGCAGAUGGCCACAGUUGUUCCUCAUGGUGGAAAGCGGAAAAGGAAAUGAGAUGCCUCACGAACCAGUUCUAGCUAGCUAGGGUAGAACGAUCGGUAUUCUCUUAUUAGCCAUUCAUCAUAGAAAUAUGUCUAAUCGUAGCAAGUUUUUGUUUGCCUCGUCAGUAACUUCAGCAGUACAAUAGAUUCUUUUGAACACACGCUG